AUGUAUAAAUAUGCACUAGGUUACCACCUUCAUGCUUUGAGCAUUACGUUUAACAAAUUAUUAGACCCUAAAAUGUCAAGAUUUUUUCAUGUAAAUGGAAAUGCAUCAGAAGAAAACAAGAAGACUGAGAAACACAUUGAAGAGAAAGAAACUCAAGAGAUUCUUAGUAAACAAGAUAGAAAAUUAAGAGAAAUUGAACAGAAAGCAAAGAGUUUGAUUGAAAUGACCAAUACCAAGCAAUUUGAGAAAGAUUUUAGAAAAUUCAUUCAAGAUCUAAAGAAGUACGUGAACAAAGGAAGUGCAUUGCCUGAUAUAGUACAGGAAGUAUUCAAUAAGGCAAGUAGCAAACAAUCAAUCAAACUCAUUGAUGAAUUCAAUAAUUCGUUAAAAACAGUUGAGGAAGAAACACAUGAAAUCAGUCGAAAAGUAGAGAUCAAACCAAAAGAACUUACCUUAUCAGAAAUACUUGAUUUAGAAGAUGAAUUAGAGAAAAGAACAUUGCUAGAAGAGAGAAUAGAUAAUAUAGAGACGUUAUUAUCACUCUAUAACAUCUAUGCAACGAACAAUGAAUAUGGUAAGAUGAUCAAUAUUCUAAAAAGAGUGAAAACAUUCAAGUGCAACAAAGCAGAAUACAUCAAGAAGAAUAUUAGGAAGUAUAUUCAGAAGUUUAUUCAGUGUGAUGAUUACUGUGAUGAAUUACUUGAGUUAUUUGAGAUGUAUGAUUUACAAGAUGAAAUACUCUAUGUAAAAUACUUCAAGCAGAACAAGAUAGUUGAAACAGACAAUGAAUUAUUCAAGAUGGUGUAUGAAAUCAAGCAAGGUAACACUGAUGGUAUUGAUGUCAGCAACUGUAACAAACCAGAUACAAUGAUAGAGUCAAUUGUAUAUGAAUACCUGGCAAAAGAACUGAUUAAGAAUGGUGAUUAUGAAAAGGCAUUAUCCCUGUAUGAAUUAUUCAAUGACAGAUUUGAUGAUGAUAAGCUCAUUCUAACACUACUAACAGGUAGAAGAGAAUCAGAAAUAUUCAGAACAUUUCUAGAGGAAUUUAAAACAUUUGCAGAGAAUCCAUUUCUGUUGAAAUCAGGUGAUAGAAGAAUGGAAAUUAAUAUAGCAUUUUAUUUGAUGAAUCAGAAUGUGAUGAGUAUCAGUAGAAGUAUCCUAGUGAAUCUCCUGAAUAAGUAA